GUGAAAAAAUCUUUAUUCGUCAUCUAAACAAAUUCAAUUCAUAAAAUUCGUACUAAUAUUAAGUAAUACACCAGCAUAAAGAUGACCGACUCCAAAUAUUUUUCCACCACCAAAAAGGGUGAAAUUUUCGAAUUAAAAUCUGAAUUGAAUAAUGACAAAAAGGAAAAGAAAAAAGAAGCUGUCAAGAAGGUCAUUGCCAGUAUGACCGUUGGCAAAGAUGUCUCUGUCCUCUUCCCCGAUGUUGUAAAUUGUAUGCAAACCGAUAAUUUAGAACUGAAAAAAUUGGUCUACUUGUAUCUGAUGAAUUAUGCUAAAUCUCAACCGGAUGCUGCCAUUAUGGCUGUCAACACCUUCGUUAAGGAUUGUGAAGAUUCGAAUCCAUUGAUACGUGCAUUGGCUGUACGCACAAUGGGUUGUAUUCGUGUUGAUAAAAUUACCGAAUAUCUGUGUGAACCAUUGCGUAAAUGUUUGAAAGAUGAAGAUCCCUAUGUACGCAAAACAGCCGCUGUGUGUGUUGCCAAGCUGUAUGACAUUUCCGCCUCAAUGGUGGAGGAUCAAGGAUUUUUGGAUCAAUUGAAAGAUCUGUUAUCCGAUUCGAAUCCCAUGGUUGUGGCAAACGCCGUGGCUGCCUUGAGUGAAAUUAACGAAUCCAGUCAAUCGGGACAGCCGUUGGUGGAAAUGAAUUCGGCCACCAUCAAUAAAUUGCUUACCGCUCUCAAUGAAUGUACCGAAUGGGGUCAGGUGUUUAUUUUGGAUUCCUUGGCCAACUACAGUCCCAAGGAUGAACGUGAAGCCCAAUCCAUAUGUGAACGUAUUACACCACGUUUGGCCCAUGCCAAUGCUGCUGUGGUCUUGAGUGCCGUUAAAGUUUUAAUGAAACUCUUGGAAAUGCUUUCAAAUGAUGGAGAUUUUUGUGCCACCUUGACCAAGAAAUUGGCACCACCAUUGGUUACUCUGCUCUCAUCGGAGCCAGAGGUACAAUACGUAGCCUUGCGUAACAUCAAUUUAAUUGUACAAAAACGUCCCGAUAUUUUGAAACAUGAAAUGAAAGUGUUCUUUGUGAAAUACAACGAUCCGAUUUAUGUGAAAUUGGAGAAGCUGGAUAUUAUGAUUCGUUUGGCCAAUCAAAGUAAUAUUGCUCAAGUACUGAGUGAACUUAAGGAAUAUGCCACCGAAGUUGAUGUGGAUUUUGUAAGGAAGGCGGUACGGGCCAUUGGACGUUGUGCCAUUAAGGUUGAGGCCUCUGCCGAACGUUGUGUCUCCACUCUGCUGGAACUCAUCCAAACCAAAGUCAACUAUGUGGUCCAAGAGGCCAUUGUUGUCAUCAAGGACAUUUUCCGUAAAUAUCCCAACAAGUAUGAAAGCAUCAUCAGCACAUUGUGUGAAAACUUGGACACUUUGGAUGAACCCGAAGCCAGAGCAUCCAUGGUUUGGAUUAUUGGUGAAUAUGCCGAACGUAUUGACAAUGCCGAUGAAUUGUUGGAUAGUUUCUUGGAAGGUUUCCAAGAUGAAAAUGCUCAAGUUCAGCUGCAAUUACUUACCGCUGUGGUGAAGCUGUUCUUGAAACGUCCUUCAGAUACACAAGAGCUCGUGCAACAUGUUUUGUCAUUGGCCACCCAAGAUUCGGAUAAUCCUGAUUUACGUGAUCGUGGUUUUAUUUACUGGCGUCUAUUGUCAACUGAUCCCGCUGCCGCCAAGGAAGUGGUAUUGGCCGAUAAGCCAUUGAUUUCGGAAGAAACUGAUUUGUUGGAACCCACAUUGUUGGAUGAACUCAUCUGUCACAUUAGCUCCUUGGCUAGUGUUUAUCACAAACCACCCACAGCCUUUGUUGAAGGUCGUGGGGCUGGUGUACGUAAAUCAUUACCCAACAGGGCUGCAGCUAGUGGUGAAGGUGGUGAUGCCGGUGCAGCAGGAGCUGGUGGAGAGGCCAUGGUUAUACCCAAUCAAGAAUCGCUUAUUGGUGAUUUACUCUCCAUGGACAUAAAUGCACCAUCUAUGCCAGCAGCUGCACCCACAGGCAUGGGUGUUGAUUUAUUGGGUGGUGGUUUGGAUAUUUUGCUCGGUGGUCCCCCUGCUGAAACCGCAUCGGCCGGUGCCAGCAGCCUUUUGGGUGACAUAUUUGGCCUUGGUGGCGCCGCCUUAAAUGUGGGUGUACAAAUUCCCAAAAUUGUUUGGUUACCAGCGGAAAAGGGCAAAGGUUUGGAAAUCCAAGGUUCAUUCUCUCGACGCAAUGGUGAAAUUUUCAUGGACAUGAAAUUCACCAACAAAGCCAUGCAACCCAUGAGCGGUUUUGCCAUACAAUUGAACAAGAACAGUUUUGGUUUGGUACCCGCCCAGCCUCUACAAGUUGCCCCCUUACCUCCCAAUCAAUCGACCGAAGUAACCCUAAAUUUGGGUACCCAAGGUCCAGUACAGCGCAUGGAACCCCUGAACAAUUUACAGGUGGCUGUUAAAAACAAUAUCGACAUUUUCUAUUUUGCCUGUUUGAUUCAUGGCAAUGUCCUAUUCGCCGAAGAUGGUCAGCUGGACAAGCGUGUGUUCCUCAACACCUGGAAAGAAAUACCCGCCGCCAAUGAAGUUCAAUAUUCAUUGAGUGGUGUUAUUGGCACCACCGACGGCAUUGCCUCGAAAAUGACCACCAAUAAUGUUUUCACCAUUGCCAAGCGUAACGUUGAGGGUCAAGAUAUGCUCUAUCAGUCAUUGAAGCUGACCAACAAUAUUUGGGUAUUGCUCGAACUGAAAUUACAACCCGGUAAUCCUGAUGCCACAUUGAGCUUAAAAUCACGUUCCGUGGAAGUGGCACCAAUGAUAUUUGCUGCCUAUGAAGCUAUCAUACGUUCCCCUUAAAUUUAUUAA